AUGGCAUCACCAAGUUCGAUAGCUCUCAUCUCUGCCUAUUGCUUCGUCGACGAAGGCUUCCAUUCCACCACCUGUUGCCGUCGGUUAGGUCGUGUAUGGCCGGAGAUGGCCUGUGACCGCUGCCCAUUUCGAACUAGUCACGUUGCUACCGUUUUCUUCUUUUUCUUUUGCUCCAUCCAUUGCCAAGGGCUCACUUCUGUUGCUCCGGUCAUGGUCACAACCCCAAAGGGCUGUCGAGUUCGUGUGGUUUAUCACCUGUCGAGUUGGGGUGCGCUUCCUUGCUCAGCUCAUCUCCGUACGUGUAUGCCUGCUUGCAGUUGGCCAGAAAAGCGUGGAAACCACCAUAGCAACCGCUAUGGUGGCCAUUACCUUGUUGCCGCCGGCUUAUGCCACAAAGUGAGUGGUUGGCUUCCCUAUCCGAGUAAAGGAAUGAAGAGGUGCAUGAUUCAGUCGAUGUGUGCGUGGGUCUUUGGCCGGAGUCCUCGGAAAAGGCAUCACCACCACCAUAGGGUGGUGGCUGCCACUAUCUGCCGCCGUCGGCCACCACAAGGUGGCUGUCUUGGAAUAAUAAAAGAACUUGAAAACCACCACCUUAGGGUGGUGGCUGCCGCCUCCUGCUGCCACCGGCCGCCGUGUCGGGUGGCGGUGUGCUUUGAUGGUGUUUGGACUCGUUUGGAUGAUUGA